GCUUUUCCCUCCACUACUACCACCACCACCACCCCUUCACUCUAAUCUUCUUCACUCCUCACUCCACCACCUCCCACUCCUCAACUCAACCCCCCAAGAACACUCAACGUCCUCUUUCCAACGCCCUCACAUCAUGGCCGCCCGCCCGCAGAACAUUGGCAUCAAGGCCAUUGAAAUCUACUUUCCCUCGCAGUGCGUCGACCAAGCCGAGCUCGAAAAGUUCGAUGGCGUCUCUCAGGGCAAAUACACCAUUGGUCUCGGCCAGACCAAGAUGAGCUUCUGCGACGACCGCGAAGACAUCUACUCCCUCGCCCUCACCACCACCGCCUCGCUGCUCAAGAAGUACAGCAUCGACCCCAAGUCCAUCGGCCGCCUCGAGGUCGGCACCGAGACGCUGCUGGACAAGUCAAAGUCGGUCAAGUCGGUGCUCAUGCAGCUGUUUGAGCCGCACGGCAACACCAACGUCGAGGGCGUCGACACCGUCAACGCCUGCUACGGCGGCACAAACGCCCUCUUCAACUCGAUAAACUGGGUCGAGUCGUCCGCCUGGGACGGCCGUGACGCCAUUGUCGUUGCGGGCGACAUUGCGCUGUACAAGAAGGGCAAUGCCCGCCCGACCGGCGGCGCUGGCUGUGUCGCCAUGCUCGUCGGCCCAGACGCCCCCAUUGUGGCCGACCCGGGUCUGCGUGGCAGCUACAUUGUGCAUGCCUACGACUUUUACAAGCCCGACCUCACCAGCGAGUACCCCGUCGUCGACGGCCAGUUCUCCAUCCGCUGCUACACCGAGGCCGUCGAUGCCUGCUACAAGGCCUACAACGGGCGUGAAAAGACGCUCAAGGGCCUGGCGAACGGCCAGGCCAACGGUGCGAACGGACACGCGCCGACCGCACAGCACGAGACCCCGCUCGACCGCUUCGACUACAUGGCCUUCCACGCCCCGACCUGCAAGCUCGUCUCCAAGUCGUACGCUCGCAUGCUCUACAACGACUACCUCCAGGACCCCUCGAACCCGCUGUUUGCCGAGGUGCCCAAGGAGCUGCGCGACAUGGACUACAAGACCUCCGUCACCGACAAGACGGUCGAGAAGACGUUCAUGGGCCUGACCAAGAAGCGCUUCGCCGCGCGCGUCCAGCCCGCCACCCUCGUCCCCACCAUGUGCGGCAACAUGUACACCGCCAGCGUCUACGGCGGCCUCGUCAGCCUGAUUGCAAACGUCAGCAGCGCCGAUCUGCUCGGCAAGCGCAUCGGCAUGUUCAGCUACGGCUCCGGCCUGGCCAGCUCGCUCUUUUCCUUCAAGGUCAACGGCGACGUGGCCGCGAUGCAGCAGAAGAUUGACCUGCACAAGCGCCUCGACGCGCGCCGUGUUGUGGAGCCGCAGGUCUAUGACGAUAUGUGCAACCUCCGAGAACGUGCUCACCUCAAGAGCAGCUAUUCCCCAUCCGGCAACGCCGACACCAUCGUGCCCGAGACCUACUACCUCACCGAGGUCGACGACAUGUUCCGCCGCAAGUACGCCGUCAAGGCAUAGUAUAGCGGUCUUGAAUUCUACCUACCUUUUGCGUUUAGAGAAAAUACCCGCCCGUACCUACUUGCUUCCGAAACCCCGCCCCCCUUUUUUGCGCAUCUUGUCAGGAGUUUGAUAUGUUAGACGACGCCUCGAUGUGGAAAGAAGCAUAGAAGUGACGUUU